CUCACAUUUACCUCCCGUAAUGAGUGGCAGGUUUUGACGACUCCCUCUCUCUUCACAGACUGCGCCUCUGUGGCAGAGUCUGUAAACAGAACGGAUUUCCCUACUGAGAGCCCUUUCAUCUCGUGAAUGCCACUUCAUCGAAAUUCUGAUCGCAUUUAUUUUCGGUCUAUAGCGGCCUCUUGGCUCAUCUACAGCAGCGAGGAAACUUUUCCGAGGGACUUCACGCUGUGGCGACCCCGUUGUAUCUGGGGAGGGUGGGCAGAUAUGUGGACAGGAGUGGUUAUUUAAAAUGUGUUGAAAGCAAACCUAGUUAAAGAAUUAAGAGUGCAUGUAUUAUCUGGUGAAAAGCCUCUCCAUUCAAGGCUCGGUGAGAUUCACCCGACGAGUCUUCAGUUUAUUGCAGCUGUACUGAACGGUGCUCGGCGUCAUUGGCCUCCGGAACCUCCAAUGGGCGGCAGUCAGUGUGCAGUCGCUGGAAGCGUUUUGUCAUUUAGCCGGAGUUCUGUACGGGGACCUUUUUAAAAUGUAGGAUUUUUUCUUUUGCACUCUGCAGCUCAGAAAGAUAUUGGUGAUUAAUCAACGAUUGCACAUCUGGCAGCGGCUGUCCGUUCCAUUGAAAAUUAGGAUUUUUUGAACAGCGACGGGUGCAAGGACCUGGGAGACACUGUUGCACCGCGGGAGCACGGUGCAUUCUCGCUGUAGUGGGAGCGGAAAAUACGGAAUCUGCUUUUGCAGCGUACAUGUGCAUAUACAUAUUUUAUUCGCUUCCUUUUUCGUGCUUCUGGAACGUGCAGUCGUAUCAUGGGAUGGUCGAAAAGGAGAAUGCACCUUCCCUUCUGCCGUCGCGACGCCCUGUCAUAGAGCUUGCGGACUUGUCUCUGUAAGUCUGUCACUGUCUCGCAGUCCAUCUCUUCCCAACACUUGGGUCGCGCUUACUGCGACUAAACUGGGCACUUCCAGGACAAAUACGCCUGUGAUUUCGAGAGGGGAAAGGCAAGUGCCUGUGGAAGUAUCUGCCUGCGAUGAAUGUGGCCCGUUUGUGAAGGGGCUUCUCGGUAUUUUAAAGAGCGAGGUUGGAGGAGAGGCGCUGGAAUGAUCAAAGGUAUCAUUUACUGACAUCGGGACCGGCGCAUCAUUUCACCAGGCUCUUUGGUUCUCAUGACACCAUAUUGGCUUGUGUAUGACCCAAAUCAAAGGAGUUAAAAUGGUUGAAAACCAACACAGGAGAUGCAGCGCUGAAAUUCAAGCUGGAAAAUGAAAGUUCCCAUUCAGUUAAUGGUGUUCUUAUAUACAUCCACUGUUCAAAGCCUGAAGAUUGUGUCCAAACGAGGCUCAGCUGAUGGAUGUACUGAUUGGUCCGUGGAUUACAAGAAGUAUCAAGUCCUUAUGGGAGAACCAGUUCGAGUGAAGUGUGCGUUAUUUUACGGAUACAUCAGGGCCAACUACACCUUAGCUCAGAGUUCAGGACUGAGCUUGAUGUGGUACAAAAGCAAUGGGCACGGGGACUUUGAAGAGCCCAUACCAUUUGAUGGAAUUAGAAUGAGCAAAGAGGAGGAUUCCAUUUGGUUUCGUCCAACGGAACUCCAGGACGGUGGACUUUUUUCCUGUGUACUAAGAAAUGCCACGUACUGCAUGAAGGUUUCAAUGUCACUGAUUGUAGCUGAAAAUGAUACAGGCCUCUGCUACAAUGCAAGAAUGAAAUACUUUGAAAAAGCUGAACUCAGUAAAAGCAAGGAGAUUACAUGUCCAGAUAUUGAGGAUUUCACCCUCCCAGACAGUGAGCCUGUAGUAUGGUAUAAGGAAUGCAAGCCAAAGGCCUGGCGACAAUCUGUCAUCCAAAAGGGGGACACUCUUCUGAUUCGUGAGGUUACGGAAGAUGACGUUGGAAAUUACACAUGCGAACUCAAGUUUGGGGACUUUGUGGUAAGAAGAACGACGGAGUUGGCGGUUACAGCUCCAAUAACAGAUAAACCGCCCAAGCUACUCUACCCUUUAGAAAACAGGCUAAACCCUGUGGAGGCACAGCUUGGCAUCGUUGCCAAUCUCACUUGCAGAGCAUUUUUUGGCUACGGUGGAGAGGUCAGCCCCAUAAUCUACUGGAUGAAGGGAGAGAAGUUUAUUGAAGACCUUGAUGAUAACCACGCCAGAGAAAGCGACAUGAGAGUUCUCAGGGAGCAUCUCGGGGAGAAGGAAGUUUCCAUUUCUCUACUCAUUGACUCUGUGCAGGAUGGAGACCUGGGAAACUAUUCUUGCUAUGUUGAAAAUGGGAAUGGACGAAGACAAGCAAGCAUUCUUCUUCAGAAAAGAGAGCUGAUGUACACUGUGGAACUUGCAGGAGGACUGGGGGCUAUCCUUUUACUGCUGAUCUGUCUGGUGACUGUGUACAAAUGUUAUAAGAUAGAUAUCAUGUUAUUUUAUCGCAAUCAUUUUGGAUCAGAUGACCUAGAUGGAGAGAAUAAAGAUUAUGAUGCAUACCUGUCAUACACCAAAGUGGAUCCUGACCAGUGGAGCCAAGAAACUACAGAGGAAGAACGUUUUGCUCUGGAGAUCUUACCAGACGUGCUAGAGAAACAUUAUGGGUACAAACUGUUCAUCCCCGAUAGGGAUUUAAUUCCAACUGGAAUAUGGGCUGAGUCGCAAUCAUGUGCUACACAACACUCUCCGUGCCCCACUAUAAUCGGAUGGGAGAACACAUAUGUUGAAGAUGUGGCACGAUGCAUUGAUCAGAGCAAGAGACUAAUUAUCGUUCUGACCCCAAACUAUGUCAUAAGGAGAGGUUGGAGUAUCUUUGAACUGGAAAACAGACUGCGCAACAUGUUGGUCGCAGGUGAAAUUAAAGUGAUACUUAUCGAAUGCAGUGAACUUCGAGGAAUUAUAAACUAUCAGGAGAUCGAGGCUCUCAAAGACACCAUCAAACUUCUUACGGUUAUCAAAUGGAAUGGACCUAAGUGCAACAAACUGGAUUCCAAGUUUUGGAAACGUUUACAGUAUGAGAUGCCCUUCAAGAGGAUAGAGCCGAUCUCCAAUGAGCAGGUUUUGGAUGCUAGCGAGCAGGGCCCAUUUGGGGAACUGCAGACAGUGUCUGCCAUCUCCAUGGCAGCAGCAACCUCCACUGCUCUGGCCACCGCUCAUCCGGACCUACGCUCCACCUUCCACAACACCUACCACACGCAGAUGCGGCACAAGCAUUACUAUCGGAGCUACGAAUACGAUGUACCUCCAACCAGUGGCAUCAUGCCCUUUACCUCAUUGGGUAAUCAACACACAUACUGCAACAUCCCCAUGACACUUAUUAACGGCCAGAGGCCCCAUAAUAAAAUAAACAAGGAGCAAACUCCAGAUGAGGUUCACACAAACAGUGCAGUAUUACCACUGCUGCCAAGGGAGACCAGUGUGUCCAGUGUCAUUUGGUAACAACCAAUGGGGUAGUUUGAUCCCCAUCAGGUGACACAGUCUGGUGCCUGGGACCAUGGCCUUGACUGCUGCUGUUAUACAAAAAGAAAUAUGAAACACAGGGUCUUGUAGAUAAAUAAUUUGUUUGUAACAUCAGAGUCUUCCUGUUCUAUUCUUGCCUCUCACUAUUACAUUUAUGAUUGUUUUCUAUGUUCUAUGUUAUUAGAACUGAUACUGGAAUUUUUAAGGGGACUGGCAAGCAUAUCCAUGUCACAUAAAGAAAAAAAUAGACAUGCUUUUUUCAUUAUUAAUGUAGAUGGAAAUGGCUUGGUUUUGACUUUUUACUGGGAUGCUUUUGCAAGGUUAUGUGAUCAAAUGUGUGAGUUUUUUUUCCAGUUUUCAUUCCAGAUAAAGGAUAAUUAUAUAAAGCCACAGUCAGUUUCCUGAAAUGUGAUUUCUUGAGGGUGUGUGCAUUACUACAUUACAUAUUAAGUCGUAGGCAUUAUAUAUCAAAGACACUGAACUCUAAAGUGUAUAUGGUAGGUGAUGUUUUCACUUCAGUAUCAUAACAGGUCAGUCUGAAGUACACCUUCAAUUUCAGAUGUUCACUGAAAGAACUUACUGAUCAUUAUUGCUGAUGAAAAAUUAUUAAGUAGAAGCUUAAAAGAUGAAGUAGAUAUAGUCCUAGCGCAAACCAUUGAAAGUCAAAAGAUAAUCAUAUUUUUCUUAAUAAUAAAUUCCUAUUAUACUUUCAGAUAUCUAUCAUGACUAGUGUUUAAAAAAGAAUCUGCUGGCAAAAUGAGCUCAUAAUAAUGACUAACAGAGAAGACACAAUAUGACUAUUUGGGUGGAAAAUUAUGCUCUUGUACAACAGUAAAUUAGUCUUCCAAACAUUUGAGAAUAUUGUGCAAGGCUAUGUUGCACUUUUCACAGGAAAAUGCACUUGAUGAAAGCUUUUUAACUUUGACAUCAGUGCACAAUGCCCAGAAAAAUGAGAAAAAGUAUAGUUAAUACAUUUUUUUUGCUUAAAUGCUUUGUUUAAAGAUGGUUAGGGCCAUUUCUACCUCUACAAUAAUAAAUGAUAUUUCAGAAGAAAAAAAACUUGGUUUUUUUGUGUUUUUGCUGCAGCUAUUACCAUUAGUUUUCAAAUGGUCAUAUUAUACUGAGCAUUAGAGCAAGAUCAUUAUUUUUAUUGUGUUUCCACACUG